UCAUUCAUUUGUUUUACUAACAUUAUUUUUAUUUUAAUGUGUGUUUUGUUUUAUGUUACUUUAUUAAUAACCUUUAAUUUUAAUAAAUAGUCAGAAGUCAGUGUAUAGACCUGAUGUAUGUUGUCAGCUCAGUGUGAAUUGAAGGGCGGGACAGUCACAUCUUCUUGUGUUACAGCUACACCAGACACCUGCCAUGAGUGUCCUGCAGCUUUACAAGCUCCUCAUCGACGAGAGAUCAGGACUAAACCAAAAUGAUUGCUUGCUUUUGACGUUUUACCCCUGCCCGCUGAGGUCAGAGGUCAGUCACGGGAUCGUCUGCCUCCAGUGCGGCUGAAAAGCAGAUCUUCAUGGUGCCACUGAAAUGCCACCCGUCAUGCGCAAGAGGCAAAAUUGUGCCAUGCAUGCUGCCUUCCUGAACAGACACGGCUCGAGGGAGACGGACUCCUGUCUGAGGAAAGCUCAGUUCCACAUGGACCUCUGGUGUUACUUCACCCUCCAGAACUGGCUGCUGGACUUUGGCAGGCCUUUAGUCAUGAUCUUUUGUCCUUUGGAGUGGUUUCCUUUAAACAAACCCAGUGCUGGUGACUAUUUCCACAUGCUGUACAACAUCACCACACCCUUCCUGCUGCUCAAGCUGAUAGAGCGAAGCCCAAAGACAUUACCUCGCUCCGCCGUCUACCUGUGCAUCAUCACAUUUGUGAUGGGCGCCAGCAUACACCUGGUGGGAGAGUCCAUCAACCAUCGUCUCCUGCUCAGCGGAUACCAGCUACACCUGAGCGUCAGAGAAAACCCUAUCAUGAAGAACCUCAGACCAAAAACUCUGAUUGACUUGUUUGAGCUGCUGCAGUAUUAUGAUGAAAGUCUGGGUCAUUGCAUGUGGUAUGUUCCUCUAUUCCUCAUCUUGUUCCUGUAUUUCACCGGCUGUUUCACUAUAGUCAAAGCAGAGAAGACGAUGCCCAUCUCUGCGUGGCUUCUCCUAGGUCCUAGUGGCCUUUACUACUGGUAUCUUGUGACGGAAGGGCAAAUCUUCAUCCCGUUCAUUUUCACUUUUUUUGCCAUGACGGCUACAGUUGUGCACCAGAAGCGCAAAGGUUUUCUGCCCGAUGGUAACGGACUCUUCCUGCUCUACAGUUUUUCGCUAUCACUCCUGUUAGUGACCAUCUGGGUCGCCUGUUUGUGGAACGACAAGGUGUUACGGAGGAAAUAUCCAGGUGUGAUAUAUAUACCAGAGCCGUGGGCCAUUUACACAUUGCAUCUCAGAGACAAACACAUGACGCUCACAGACUGAACCUACAGUUCAAAUCACUCAGAGCAGAUCAAUAUGACAUUUUUAUUUUUCAAUAAGACUUGCAUUGCAACUCAAACUUUAUU